AUGGAAGUGGAAAAAGAAUUAGCAAAAUCCAGAAGUUCAUUUUGUACCCGAAAAAUAGCACCAGAUGAUUCUUGUGGUGAACCAAUAAGUGAAGAACUGGAUGGCCUGUGCAAUCACAUUGAGAAUAAAACAUAUUUAGAUACAAGAAUCGAGGAAUCUACCACUGCAACUACUGCAACUAGUUAUCCCUGUAUUUAUCCCAACUAUUAUCUUUUGCCUGAGAGUGAGAGUAUUCAAGAAAACCAAAAUGAUGCUGAUACUGAAUUUGUGAAAUCUGUACGGGGCUGGUUUUUGAAGUACCGUGAACUUCUAAGCCAAAGUGCAAUGAACGAACUGCUUUUAAUUUUAAAACCCAAAUGUAAAACUUUACCUAGUGAUAGCAGAACAUUUUUAAGUACUCCACAAUCUUGUCAGUUUCCAAUAUCUGUUGUGUCCCCAGGAAAAUAUUGUCAUUUUGGAUUAAAAUAUAUGUUACAGAAUAUAUUAAAUACCAAAAAUCUGCUAGAGUUUUGCGAAGACGGAAAAACCCUUUCCUUAUCGCUCAGCAUUAAUAUUGACGGUUUACCACUGUCAAGGAGUUCAACAAGUCAGUUUUGGCCAAUUUUGAUAAGCAUUGAUAAUGAAAAUUUAGAAUGUCCCAAUCCAUUUCCAAUAGGAGUUUAUCAUGGUUUUAAAAAACCAGAGUCAGCUUUGAAGUACCUGCAGGAGUUUCAGAUCGAAUUCAAACAACUAGAAAACGGCUUUCGCUUCAAAAACAUCGAAGUGAAAGUACAAAUUUCAAAAAUAAUAUGUGACGCACCAGCGAAGUCCUUUAUUUUAUGUGUGAAGGGUCAUACUGGUUAUUUUAGUUGUACAAAGUGUGUGCAAGAAGGUGAAUAUAUAAAUGGCAGAGUGACUUUUCCGGAUCUAUCAGCUGUCUUGCGUACAGAUGACGACUUUCAAAAUAAAACUUGUGAAGACUAUCACAGAGGAAAUAGUCCUUUUGAUGAACUAUCUGUGGGUUUAGUGUCUCAGGUGCCACUGGACUACAUGCACUUAGUAUGCCUAGGCGUUAUGAAACGUCUGAUUAUUUUUUGGGUUAAGGGAAAUAAAAGUGUCAGAUUACCUGAACUAAAACUUAAAACUGUUGACGAAAAUUUAAUCACUUUAAAAUCAAGUAUUCCAAAGGAGUUUUGUAGGUUGCCAAGAGGUUUGCAAGAAGUUGAUCAUUUUAAAGCAACCGAAUUCAGGCAAAUUUUACUAUAUACAGGACCAUUUGUUUUAAAAAAUAAUUUAUCUAAAAUUCAAUACUCACAUUUUAUGUGUUUGCAUGUUGCUAUCAGAAUUUUGUGUAGUGCAAAUUUGUAUAUUACAUAUAAUAAUUAUGCAUCUCAACUAUUGAAAUAUUUUAUUGAAAAAUUUGCAGUAAUUUAUGGUGCUGAGUAUGUAUCCCAUAAUGUGCAUGGACUUUUACAUCUACCUUCGGACUGCAUUAAACAUGGAGUCCUUGAUAAUUUUAGUUCAUUUCGAUUUGAAAACUAUUUAUAUAUCUUGAAAAAAAUUAUGAAAACAUCUAAGCAUCCCCUGCAGCAACUGUGCAAUCGCUUGAAAGAAAAAGAAUUAAAUUUAAUACCAUUCAGUAAAAGAUCAAAUAAGCCCCAUUAUACUUCACCAAGAAAUUGCAAUGAAUGGUCUAUUGUUAAAUUUCUUUGUGAUGACAAAAUAUCACAUGUUCCAUCAACAUGGCUGUCCAUCCACAAUCUGAAGGAAAACAACAUUGCUCUUUGCUUCUGGCCUAGAAAAAAUGCAGGCAAAAAAAUUAUUGGUCGAUCGAUUCCUGAUUCUGAAAGUUGGGACAAACUGGAAGUGGUUAUUCUAAAACAAACUGAUUCAUAUUCAGAAGCAAGAGAAUACAUAAGACUAAUGUCUGAAGGAGAAAGUGCACCAGAAACAAAUAAGCCCUUGGGAAAGGGCCAUAGGAAAGCCAAAAAACGUCCUUUUUUAUUUAAUGACUCUGAUGAUAGUGAGAGUGAUGUAACAGGGGUAAUUACACCGCCUCCAACUAUAGAGUCCCCAAAAAUUAGAAAAGUGAAUAAUUCUGAACCAAACAAUAACAGUACCAAUAAGAAAAUAGAGUCGUUCUCAUCUCAAAAAGCAAAUAAAUCAUUUGAUUCCCAAACAACAACAAUCAUUCGCACAGUUUCAACUGAAAUGGCAUCAAAUGUUAUUACUUCAUUAACCUCAGUGAGUGCCAUCGACAAGGAAAACAAUAAUAAUCAUAGCUUGGUUCCAUCAGCUGCCCCGUCACAUUGUAGUUGCAACUGCCAAGAAUCUCCAUUAAUUAAAUCAAUUUUAAGCAAUACUGUUGCAAUAAGAACAAUGUUGGAGAGGCUAACUUCAGAUGAAACAAUGAGAAAAAAUGAUGACAUAAUUACCGAUUUUGACUUGGUACCUAAGAAACCAUUCUCAAAGUUCAAAAAGUUGAAAGAGUUUGAUGAAAAACUAAAGACUGACAAAAGUGUAGAACGCCAGAAUGAAACUGCUCUGUUCUUGCUUGGAGGGUCAAGUUACAAAGAAUUAAUAAGAAGAGGCCUAAAAAAAAUAUUCACGGACAAAUUGGCUACAAAAUGUAGCUGGACAGGCCGUAAAAAUAAUUUUCCUCUUCAUAAUUUGAAAAUACUGGAUGUUCUUAAAAUAGCUACAAGAAAAAAAUUUGGUAGUACUACGGAUGCCGAAUUUCAAGCAGAAGUGGGUUUGUGGUUCAGGCAAGGAAAGCUGAGAUUUGAAAGAUCGCUAGCAGCAGUAAACAAAGAAAACCAAAACCGGAAUAAGAUUAGUAUAAAAUACAAAUUCGGAUUAGAAUUUAUUUUAGAAAUGAGUUCGUCAGAGUCAGAAUCCGAAACUAAUGAAAACGAACCCCCAAAUAAACCGCAGCCGAGCACAAGUAGUGGCCAGGAGGGCGCAAAAAGAAAAGCCGGACGAAAAGGUUCCACUUUAUAG